GGGGCGAGGGGAGAGGUAGCAACGGGCAAAGGUUUCUUUCUUUCCCCCUCCACCCCAAUUUGCCCUCCAGAGCAGGACUUGUAAACUGAAGCAAAAAAAGAAUAUUCCCGCAGGCCGGGCGUACUUUUUUCUUGUCCCGGUGCGCUAGGGCCGCCUGGUGCCUGAGAGGAAACAGUGGAGGCAGCGGGGCAGGUCAUCCAGGGCGUCGGCGAUUAUAUUGCAGCCGAGCCGGUGCGCGCCAGGAGAGGCUGGGAAGGCGGCGGCGCGCGGGGGCUGGGCCAGGCCCCGCGACCCGCGAGGGAGGCGGCGCAAGGCCGAGGCGGCGGCGCCCCAGCCGGGCAUGAAUGCCCAGUAGCCGAGCACCCGGGCUGUUGGGCCUCUGAGGCGACGCGCACAGGGCGGGCUGGCGGCAGCAGCGACGUAGUCCGGCGGCCACAGCGGCGCGAGCGGCCGCCCCAGAGGCCCCCGCGGCACUGCGGCCGAGCCCAGGCGCGCUCCCUGACUGCUCCACGCCGCCCGCUUGUGCCGUCCUACGUCGGUCCUCGGGCCGCCGCCGCCCGGAUGAGUUCGUACUUCGUGAACCCGCUGUACUCCAAGUACAAGGCGGCAGCGGCGGGCGAGGCCAUCAAUCCCACUUACUACGACUGUCACUUCGCGCCCGAGGUCGGCGGCCGCCACGCCGCCGCCGCCGCCGCCGCCCUGCAGCUCUAUGGCAACAGCGCCGCGGGCUUCCCGCACGCGCCCCCGCAGGCGCACGCGCACCCGCACCAGUCCCCGCCGCCCACGGGGCCUGGGUGCGGCGGUGGGGGCGGCCGGGGUCCGGGUCAGGAUUACUUCCACCCGGGCGGGGGCAGCCCGGCCGCUGCCUACCAGGCCGCCCCACCUCCUCCUCCGCAUCCUCCGCCUCCGCCGCCGCCUCCCCCCUGCGGCGGGAUUGCCUGUCACGGGGAGCCCGCGAAGUUUUACGGAUACGAUAACUUACAGAGACAGCCGAUUUUUACGACCCAGCAAGAGGCCGAGCUGGUACAAUAUCCUGACUGUAAAUCGUCCAGUGGUAAUAUUGGCGAGGACCCAGACCACUUAAAUCAGAGCUCGUCUCCUUCUCAAAUGUUUCCCUGGAUGAGACCACAAGCAGCUCCUGGUAGACGAAGAGGAAGACAAACCUACAGUCGCUUCCAAACCCUAGAGCUGGAAAAGGAAUUCCUUUUUAACCCUUAUCUGACCAGGAAGAGAAGAAUUGAGGUUUCCCACGCCCUAGCCCUCACUGAGAGACAGGUAAAAAUCUGGUUUCAGAAUAGGAGAAUGAAAUGGAAAAAGGAGAACAACAAGGACAAAUUUCCCGUUUCCCGGCAGGAGGUGAAGGACGGGGAAACUAAAAAGGAAGUCCAAGAGCUGGAGGAAGACAGAGCUGAAGGCCCGACAAAUUAACUUCUACCUUUAAAAUUUUACCACAGACUAUUAAAACUAAUGGUCAACAUAUGCUGGUGGACACCACCUAUUUUCUUUUUUUGGAAAGGACCUUACCUGUGUUUCAAGCUACCUUCAUGUCACUGCUCUUGAGGUUUCUGCGCUUUGAGAGGGAUUUGGGUGUUUAAACAAAUUUUCUAGUGUUGCAUAGAAGCAAUACCUGGGCUGUCCUAUGAAAGGGUAAUUUGAUACUGACCUUGUAGCUAUAUUUUUAUAAUGGUAGUUUCUAAUGUCUGAACUGGUGAUUUGCCUCAACAACGUAAACUUCCUAAUUAUUAGCACAAAUAAUUGAAUAUGAAAUGCUUUAUUAAUCAAACAAGUGCACUUGAACAACUUAAAUCUUUUCUUUAUGGUGAGUAAAUUAAGUAUUAAUUUUUAAAAAAAUUAUGCCUGAAGAAUUUUUACUUUAUAUUAUUUGAUUAAAAUGUAUUAUUUAUGUUUUUCUUUAUGCUUUUAUAAUGAGUGGUUCAGGUGCCUUUUGUUUACUUCUAAAGUAGUUAAAGGUUUCUCUGAGUAUUUUGUUGAUGUAAUAUAUCAGGGAAAAGUCUGGGCCAAAUAUUUGAAAAGCACAUGUUAGCUAAAGAGUAUAAUUGUAGUCCAGGCUCUGGCAGCUUCCUUGAACUUCGGGAAAAUGUUGGGCCAGUGACAAAAGUUUCAGGACGUCACAAUUGACAUUUAAUCAUUUUUCUAUAGUCCAUACAAAUUAUGGCAAUUAAAUAAUCUAGAGUGAAUUAAUACUUGAAAAACCAUUUAUAACAUUUUCACUCAUUAACCUUUCACUCUGGCAAGUCGCCUUGCUUUCAUUUUGAACCUCACUUGUAAUCGCCUGAAAUUGCUUGGUCUCUACACUAGGGCCACCACUGUGAUUCUGUUUGAGUAUGUGCCAUAUUUAUUUGUAUUUCCUUCGCUCUGUUCGCAUGCUCCUUUUAAGCCAAUUUGCUAUGGGUAUCUCAGAUGACGGUUGGUAUGGUCCUCUGCUGUUCUUCAGGAGAACUAUGGCCUCACAUAUUUGAAACAAACCCUGAGAGCAAAUGCAGAAAACUCGAGUGUAAACAACCGCUCCAGAACAUA